UUCCAGUACGAACAUUAAUAGAGUGAUUGUUAAAUAUAUUUCAGUAUAAAAUUUGACAACAGUUAAAAAAAAAAUAAUACACGAAUUCUUUGCGAUACGCAUUCGCCUUUAGUAAUAAAUCUAAUGAACGGUACAGCAAAAAGAAGUAUUGUAAAAAAAAAUUUGUGCAUGAUAACGAAUGUGAAACCUCGUACACGAUUGUAUAAGAUAUUUGAGAAUCUAAUCAGAAGUUAGGUUAGAUGAUUGCACAAUAUGGUGGAUUAGAGAGAAAAGAGAGGAAUUUUUCGUCGGACACACAUGCAUUCUUCAAAUUAAGGGUAUUGUUUCAGUCGUGCAUUCACAAUUGUAUUGAAGCAGACAUACUCAAGUAUGGAUAAUAUAGAGAUUGUAGAAUACAAUAUUAUAUGUGAUAAAUAUUCUAGCCAUAUGAUUGAAAUAGUACUGUUUUGCCAAUUGUAUCAUACAUAUUUGCUCGAGCAUGUUAUGUCGCACUUUCUAUGAGAAUUGAAUUGAAACAAAUUGCGGUAACGAUAUUAUUGAAGUAAUCAGUACGAGUUGGUGAGCAACAUGAACAAUACAAAUGAUAAAGAAGAUGACAAUCAAAUGGAAAUAAAGCAUGGUGAAAAAAUGAAAACUACUAGCAAGAUAUAUGUGAAGCAACCUCAUGAGAUACUCAAGGAUUCCUUAUUGAAAAAUACCAAUGAUGACGUGCAACGUGCAAUCGAGGGUCUGAAGGAGAUACCAGACGAAGAGCUGCAAGAGUUCCUUGACGAUGAAGACUUUAUGGAAGGAUUGGAUGUCGUCGAUGCAUGGGAAGGAGAUGAAGAGAGAAAUCGCGAGAACGAGCAAGAUAAGACAAAUGCUGUGGAACGAAAAGAGAGACGAUCCUCUAGGGAACGCCAUCGUCCUGAGCCUAAAGGAUCUUACAGCCGUGUAAAACCGAAGAGAGAAGAGAAGAAACGCGAGGAGAUUCGUCGAGACCCUUUGAAAAGCACGAAGGAUAUCGAACGGGAUAAGAUACGAACGAAGAGAGAUACUGAGAAUAAACUUCUUGCCGAAAAGGAGAAGGCGAUUAAGCAUUUGCUUGAUUCGGACAAUGUAGUCCCACCUGGUACAGAAGCUGAAGCCAUUCAGAGCCUCACGGAGGAACAGAAUAGGGAACGAGCGCAGCGCGAAGCGCAACGAAGCAGGGAACAUCGCAGAAGCAAAUCGUUUGAUCAUUAUUCCAGACCGAGUCCGGUACGACGUAGAUCUCCCGAUAGACUUCGAUCAAGUCCCCAUCGACGAAGAAGUCCUUUUGUAGCAAGUCCAGAGCGUCGUAGGAGCCCUUACAGAACGAGCGCUGAGAGACAUAGAAGCCCUCACCGAUACAGCCCAGGCAGACGAAAAAAUUCACCGCGAUAUUUUUCCGAUCGAAGAAGUCCCGUCGUGCUAAGUCCGGAUCGACGAAGAAGUCCUAGACGACUUAGCGGAGAACGACGAUCCAGUGUAGAUAGAAAAUGGAGCGUUGAACGAUCGCGAAGGAGACGCACUGAAUGGAUACAUGAACGCCGGAGAAGUCGAUCUCACGAUCGGAGGAGCCGAAGUACGGAACGUCAAAGAAGACGCUCGAGCCGCUCGCCAGCAAGUAGACGAUACAGUCCUCGUCGUCGAAGUCGCACACGUACGCGCAGCAGAUCGGUGGAGAAGCGUACGAGGAAGCGUUCACCCUUCAUCAACGAACUGGCGAGACAACUGAGGAACGAAGCGAUGAAGCCGACUAGUAUGAACAGCAGUGGAUACGUGCCACCCGCGACGAUGGAAGGAAUUGCACCGCUGCUGAAUCCACCUGUGUAUCAACAAGAAGCGGAACCUCGACCACCACCACCACCUCCACCUCCAUCAGCUUCUUCAACGUACAUGCAUCAACCAGGUCCACAUGCACCACCACUGCCACCAUCAUCCAUGUUACCUAUCCCAAGUGGUCCGCCGUUUAUAAAUUACGAAUCCAUGCCGGGUGUACCGCCAAUGAAUUUCGAACCCAUGCCGCCACCAGCGCCAUCACACAUCCUACCUCCAGCCGAUUAUUCCUCCGCUCCCGUCAUGUACAAUCAACCGAAUGUCGUUCCACCACCCCCGCCAUCGGCGAUCUGUCCAACCUUACUCCCUACGCCGGUACUCUCGCCACAACCCGUACCUGCACCGGUGAUGGAUCACACACAGAUACCAUAUAAUCCUUCGCACACUAUGGCUUCUGUCCGCCGAUCGCCGAUUCGUCAAUUUGAAUCUACGAGCAAAUCUUCAAAUCAUUCAACUGCACCGUCCACGGCAUCGCAGAAUUACACGGAACGUGGAUCAGCAACAUCGUAUACUGAAUUUCAUGCACCGCACGAGGAACGAAUGAAAACACCCGAACCACCGGUCAUCUCCAAACCAAAACAAAAAACCAGCUUAUCCAGUCUACUGGAAGCGUCUGUUUCAGCCAAAGAUCCAUCUAAUAUACCGGUGCUAUAUCCAGGAUUCAAGCCUGAAAUAAUGCGGCAUUGCGAACAAGCAUUGUGCCAGCUUCCACUUGAGGAUCUACGUUUAAAGAUGAAGGGCAGAUUUUUCUAUGAUCGCAAUGAAGAAGAUCAUACGAAAAAUGACGCUGAGGAUCAUACAUCAAAUUCGAUACUUCUUCAGAAAGGCAAAACCAAGAUAUUUUGGGAAGAGAGUAACGUGGAACAGCAGAUAUCGAUUCCGAAAUCGACAACUCAAAUGCAUCAGAAGAUUUGCCAAACGGAUGAGAUGGAAACGGAAACGAAGGCUGUGCAAGUACAUGUCACUAUGGUUAACGUCGAAACACAGGUUUAUUCGCAUGAUCUACCGCAAAUAAAGGAGGAAAAGCGACCGAUAAUGGAUCGUCUUGAUUGGAAUGUACGGGAAACGUACGAGUAUGCUCCAAAGUUUCGUGAAGUAGAAGAUCUCAGAUGGAGUCUAAGUAAUUCUUCGCAGAGACGUUCCUGGAACAGGCAACCAUCUCCUUCUAGAAGAUCCGCCGACGAGCACGAACAUCAUGUAGAUUCCAUAGAUCAUGGAUCUAGAGAUCAUGGAUCUAGAAGUCUGAGAUUAGAAUCUCCUGUUAGAAGUAGAGAUGAUUUUUCCGCUCAUAAUGCACGUGAUCAUUAUAAUCAUAGCAGAUAUUCACCAGAGUAUCAUAGACGUUCUAUGGAGCGCGACGAUUUCCAUGACAGAAGGAGCGAUCAUAGCCGCGGAGAAAGCCCGAUGGAAUUGGAAGAAUCCGACGAUGAGUUAGUGGAUGAUCAUGCAUUCCAAAGAGAACACGAUUGGCAUGGAAGAGGGAAGAAUUUAAGAGGCAAAAGUCACAUUUUGAGAGGAAAACACUUGGGAGGAAGACCUUAUCGGAGUCGUGGAAGCUUUCGGGGCAAGUUUUAAGACUAUUAAUUAUACGUACAUCGAAUAGAACAUCGUAUCAACAAUGAUACAGACAACUUCAAUGACUUUCAUGUUAAUAAUCUACAUGUAUAUUGAAAAUUACAAGGAAUAUUAUGUUAAACAUAUGAUCGCAAUACCAUAAACUAUUAUUCUGUGAUACUAUGUACACGGAACUUAAUUGAUGUCAAAAAAGUGAAGGGAGAUGAAUAUUUAAGCAUGAAUUUGUAGUGAAUUCAGAAUGAAGAGAAUUAUAAAAAUAUAUGCUCAGAUAUUUCCGUAUAAGUGUGUUUAACCGUCAAAGGAUAGUGCAUAUCGCGCCGAUAAUGGAAAACAGUGCUUGAGAAAAAAAAAGAAACAUCAUAUUGUCGUCUCCUUUUUUACAUUGCAAAAAUUCAGAAUAAUAUAUCUCGUAUCAUGUAUCAUAAUAUUGCAUAUUACGCAAUGAUAAAUACUGUUCGGUUAUUGUCAUUUUUAUUGUAUAUUUAUAUAUGCCGGCUACAAUACGACAGUUUAAUAAAAAAAAUUAUAUAUAUAUAUAUAUAUAUAUAUAUAUAUAUAUAUAUAUAUAUAUAUAUAUAUAUAUAUAUUUAUUCAGUAGAACAAUAAACAAAUCUUAUAAACACACACAUACACAGAAAAAAAACAUGACAUGUGCUAAUGUAAUAAAGAAUUACAGCAGAAAUAAUAAAGAUUAUAAAUGGAAUGUAUUGUGAAGUUGCGAACAAGUAUACACGAAUUUGUUUUGUGAAAAUUUUAUUAUAGAAUUAUUCUUUUUAUCACAGAUCACCAUCUGUCGUAGAACUUGGAUGUUUUAUUCCACAUCUGUUUUCGUGGUUGUAAUAACUCUAUUGUAGAAUAGUUAUAUAUAUAUAUAUAUAUAUAUAUAUAUAUAUAUAUAUAUAUAUAUAUAUAUAUAUAUGCGCGCGGAAAAUCAAAUUACAUUAUGUAGAGAAAUAUAUGUUUAUUGGACCGAAUUUAAAUUUCUUUUUAAAUUGUGUAUCAUUUUAUUAACACUUUUUUGUUAUUGACGACUAAAUUAGAACUAUAUAUGUGGUGCGCGGUGCUGUAUCGCUCAAGUGUUGCGUCAUAUUGUGCAGUUUGUACAAUUUUGUCUCAUAACGAUCAUCUCGUAAGCAUUUUUUUUUUUUUUAUGAAUUUCACCCAUACUUGAUAUAUUCUUUGUUGUACACAUGUAUGAUUUUCGUAAGGAACAAAAAAGUACAUUUUAUCGAGUGCCAUCUCAUUUCGCAAAUUAAUUGUAUCGUUGUAAUAAUUACGUUUACUUGGCACACGUUACAAAUAUGCGUGCACUUGUUAAUAAAGUUCCAUCAUUUAACAGUGUA